AUGGAGCACGCCCGCAUCCUGCUGGGUUGUGUGAUCCAGCCAAGAGAAGCCAUGAUUAACAUGGAGGACAUUGUCACAGCCAAAAAGGAGACCAGGAGAUUUACAGACUGCCACCGCGACGCAGGGAAGGGUGACCGCGAACUUGGAAAACCCAGCAGAGGGCGCUCGGCUGCCCCGCCUCCCCGGACCUCGCCCCUCCCGGGGAAGCUCAGCCCCGCCGCCCGCGCCCGGGUUUUCAAAAUGGAAACAAACCGGCCCCGGCCCCGCCCCCCGCCCGGAAAGCCGGGAAAAGGGCACCACCCCCUGGGGGCCUCGCAACGAACGGUCCUACCCUCUCUUCUCCGCUGGAUUCCUCACCUGUCCUCAACUCCACCCGCCCCGCCUCCGGAAGUGACGAUGGCCUCCCGUCUUUGCUCGCGUCCCGUCGGGCCUUGCGGCGACGGCGGGAAGAUGGCGGCGGCGGGAGCCCUGGAACGGAGCUUCGUGGAGCUCAGCGGUGCUGAGCGGGAGAGGCCGAGACACUUUCGGGAAUUCACAGUUUGCGGCAUUGGGACUGUAAAUGCCUUGCCUGGAGCCGUGAAAUACAGUGAGAGCGCGGGAGGCUUCUAUUAUCUGGAAAGUGGCAAGUUGUUCUCCGUCACCAGAAAUAGGUUCAUUCAUUGGAAGACGUCUGGAGAUACUUUGGAGCUGGUGGAAGAAUCACUGGAUGUAAAUCUGUUGAAUAAUGCAGUUGGCCUCAAAUUCCAGAAUUGCAGCCUCUUACCUGGAGGGGUUCACGUCUCUGAGACUCAGAAUCAUGUGAUAAUUUUGAUCUUGACCAAUCAAACAGUGCACAGAUUACUUUUACCACACCCUUCCCGGAUGUAUAGGAGUGAGUUGGUAAUUGAAAGUCAGAUGCAAUCCAUAUUUACUGACAUUGGAAAAGUUGAUUUCAGGGAUCCUUGCAACUCUCAGUUAAUUCCAGCGGUACCUGGUCUCUCCCCUAACUCUCCCUCCUCGGCAGCCUGGCUCAGCAGUGACGGGGAGGCUCUCUUUGCUCUGCCGUCUGCUUCUGGGGGCAUCUUUGUUCUUAAACUACCUUCUUAUGACAUACCUGGGAUGGUAUCAGUUGUGGAACUAAAACAGAGUUCAGUAAUGCAGCGACUGCUUAUAGGCUGGAUGCCAACAGCUAUCAGAGGUGACCAGGGGCCUUCAGAUCGUCCCCUUGCUCUUGCUGUUCAUUGUGUCGAGCAUGAUGCCUUCAUCUUUGCUCUGUGUCAGGAUCAUAAACUACGAAUGUGGUCUUAUAAGGACCAAAUGUGCCUGAUGGUGGCCGACAUGCUGGAGUACGUUCCUGCGAGUAAAGACUUCCAGCUCAGUAUCGGAACUGGACAUAAGUUACGACUGGCUUAUUCCCCUUCCAUGGGGCUCUACCUAGGGCUCUUCAUGCAUUCGCCAAAACGCGGGCAGUUCUGCAUUUUCCAACUGGUGAGCACCGAGAAUAACCGCUACAGCCUGGAUCACAUUUCCUCCAUAUUCACUUCUCAGGAGACCCUGAUUGACUUUGCCUUAACCUCUACGGACAUCUGGGCCCUGUGGCAUGAUGCUGAGAACCAGACUGUUGUGAGAUACAUCACCUUUGAGCAUAACGUUGCAGGUCAAUGGAAUUCGGUUUUUAUGCACUCUCUGCCAGAGGAAGAGAUCAUUAUCAGAGAUGAUCAGGACCCCAGAGAGAUGUAUUUGCAGACUCUAUUUACACCAGGACGAUUCAUAAAUGCAGCUCUAUGUAAAGCUUUACAGAUUUUCUGUCGAGGAACUGAGAGGAAUUUAGAUCUCUCCUGGAGUGAACUAAAGAAAGAAGUCACUUUAGCUGUUGAAAGCGAGCUCCAAGGAAGUGUAACAGAAUAUGAAUUUUCCCAGGAGGAGUUUCGAAAUUUACAACAGGAAUUCUGGUGCAAGUUCUAUGCCUGUUGUCUUCAGUACCAAGAAGCCCUCUCUCAUCCUCUUGCCCUGCUUUUGAAUCCACACACAAACAUGGUGUGCCUGCUGAAAAAAGGGUACCUGUCUUUCCUUGUGCCUUCCUCCUUAGUGGAUCAUUUGUAUCUCCAUCCUGAUGACGACCUUUUAGCGGAGGAUGAGGCAGCCAUAUCUGAUGAUGUGGAAGUUGCACGGGAUGUCAUGUGUCUUAUAAAAUGCCUCCGACUGGUUGGAGAGUCAGUAACUAUGGAUAUGUCAGUAAUGAUGGAAAUGAGUUGCUACAACCUCCAGUCUCCAGAAAAGGCUGCAGAACAGAUUCUGGAAGAUUUGAUCACUAUUGAUGUAGAAAAUGUGAUGGAGGAUAUUUGCAGUAAGCUGCAGGAGAUCAAGAACCCAAUCCAUGCCAUUGGACUACUUCUACGGGAGAUGGAUUAUGAGACAGAAGUAGAAAUGGAAAAGGGGUUCAGUCCAGCUCAGCCGUUGAAUGUUCGAAUGAACCUUUCCCAGCUCUAUGGUGGCAGCACGGCAGGGUAUGUUGUGUGCAGAGGUGUGUGUAAAAUUGCCAGCACCCGCUUCCUCAUCUGCCGAGACCUUUUGAUCCUACAGCACCUACUACUGAGGCUGGGCGAUGCAGCAAUCUUGGGAGCCGACCAGCUCUUUCAAGCCCAGCAAGACCUGCUGCACCGAACCUCGCCUCUCCUCUUGUGUUAUUAUCUCAUUAAGUGGGGAAGUCAGUGCUUGGCAACUGAUGUUCCAGUUGACACACUGGAGUCCAACCUCCAACACUUGUCAGUACUGGAACUAACGGACUCUGGCGCUGUAACAGCCAAUAAGUUUGUAUCUAGCCCUCAGACAAUUGUGGAAUUAUUCUUCCAAGAAGUUGCAAGAAAACAAAUCAUAGCCCAUCUCUUCUCUCAACCAAAGGCACCUCUGAGCCAAACUGAGUUGAAUUGGCCUGAGAUGAUCACUGCAGUUACCAAUUACUUAUUACAGCUUCUAUGGCCCAGCAAUCCCGGUUGUCUCUUUAUGGAAUGUUUGAUGGCAAAUUGUCAGUAUGUACAGUUGCAGGACUAUAUUCAACUCCUCCAUCCGUGGUGUCAAGCCAACCUCGGCUCCUGCCGCUUUAUGCUGGGGCGCUGUUACCUGGUUACGGGAGAGGGACAGAAGGCUCUGCAGUGCUUCCGCCAGGCAGCAUCUGAAGUGGGCAAAGAGGAAUUCUUGGAUCGCUUGAUUCGCUCAGAGGAUGGGGAGAUUGUGUCCACCCCCAGGAUGCAGUAUUACGAUAAGGUGUUGCGUCUACUGGACGUUAUUGGUUUGCCUGAGCUGGUUAUUCAGUUGGCCAUGUCAGCAAUAACUGAAGCAGGUGAUGAUUGGAAAAGUCAGGCUACUCUAAGGACAUGCAUCUUCAAACACCAUUUGGAUUUGGGUCACAAUAGCCAAGCAUAUGAAGCCUUGACCCACAUUCCUGAUUCCAGCAGGCAGUUAGAUUGUCUGCGGCAGCUGGUGGUAGUUCUCUGUGAACGCUCACAGCUACAGGAUCUUGUAGAGUUUCCCUAUGUGAAUCUACAAAAUGAGGUUGUGGCAAUCAUUGAAUCACGUGCACGAGCUGUGGACCUUAUGACUCACAAUUACUAUGAGCUUCUCUAUGCCUUUCACAUCUAUCGCCACAAUUACCGAAAAGCUGGUACCGUGAUGUUUGAGUAUGGGAUGCGCCUUGGCAGAGAAGUUCGAACGCUGCGGGGACUUGAGAAGCAAGGCAACUGUUACUUGGCCGCUGUUAACUGCUUACGACUUAUUCGUCCGGAGUAUGCGUGGAUCGUACACCCAGCGUCUGGUGCAGUGUGCGAUCGCCCUGGCGCGUCCCCUAAGAGGACUCACGAUGGAGAAUGCACAGCUGCUCCAACCAACCGGCAGAUUGAAAUUCUGGAACUGGGAGACCUGGAGAAGGAGUGUUCUUUGGCCCGGAUCCGCCUCACCCUGGCUCAGCACGACCCGUCGGCAGUUGCAGUUGCAGGAAGCUCAUCAGCGGAGGAGAUGGUCUCUCUCUUGGUUCAGGCUGGCCUUUUUGACACUGCCAUAUCACUCUGCCAGACUUUCCAGCUUCCCUUGACGCCUGUCUUUGAAGGACUUGCUUUUAAAUGCAUCAAGUUGCAGUUAGGGGGCGAGGCAGCCCAAGCCGAAGCCUGGUCCUGGCUAGCCGCCAAUCAGCUCUCAUCAGUCAUCACCACUAAGGAAUCCAGUGCUACAGAUGAAGCAUGGAGACUAUUAUCAACUUAUCUGGAGAAGUACAAAAUUCGGAAUAACUUACAUCACCACUGUGUAAUAAACAAGCUCUUGUCUCAUGGAGUGCCUCUUCCUAAUUGGCUAAUAAACAGUUACAAGAAGGUUGAUGCCGCUGAGUUGCUCCGUUUGUACUUAAAUUAUGACCUUUUAGAAGAAGCUGUGGAUCUGGUUUCAGAAUAUGUAGAUGCUGUAUUGGGGAAAGGACAUCAGUACUUUGGAAUUGAGUUUCCACUGUCUGCAACAGCUCCGAUGGUGUGGCUCCCAUACUCUUCUAUUGACCAGCUUCUCCAGGCUCUGGGAGAGAACAGUGCCAACAGUCACAACAUUGCUCUGUCCCAGAAAAUACUUGACAAAUUGGAGGACUACCAGGAAAAAGUCGACAAGGCAACACGGGAUUUAUUAUAUCGCCGGAACUUGUGACCUGGACGAUUGCCUGGCCUUUGUAACCGCUUGGUGCCUCUUAGGGCUUAAGACUUUACCCUACAGACCCUGCAUCCCGGGACAGUUUUUAUACCUGCAAAUGGUGUGUGCAACAUCAAGUCUGCAUUCUGCGCAAGAGAGGAGGGCAGACGAGCCGCAGACCUGUGCUCGCUGGCGGUGCUAACACACACCUUCUGGUUCUCAACCCUGGUCUCAAACAGCUGCUUUUGUAUAUGAUUCACAAGCUUUUUUAGAGUUUCUAUUUUUUUAAACAACCGAAGACGUUCUUUAUCUGCAAAUUAAAACCCACCCUCUCUCUCCAGUCGCUGGUGGAGGUGGGUGGCUGUGGCUAACCACUGGGUGCGGCCGCUGCAGACCCUUCCUUCUUGCCGGCCACUGUCUGUGUUUCAGUGGAAUUAUUUUGGUCCAGAACUGACAUGUAUUUUCUGUAUUGCAAACAGAGGCUAAUGAUUUUGCAUACUCUUUUCAUUAUUUAUUGUGGAGUUUUUGUAUGAUCUUCAAUAAAGUAUUAAAUAAUUUGCCUAGAUGAAACUUAAAAUGAUGAUCAGCUGUGAAAGAAGAUACCUCCUUUUGAAUCUGGUUCUGAGGCUAAAGUUGAGUAAACUCUUAGCUAAGAAAAAAAUGGGUAAUUUUAUCUAUAACCAAUUUUCAAGGUAAAUUCUGUUAACUUCUAUGAUUUAUGAUAAUCAAGCCGGACUUGAUCAUGCAACUUGUCUAAUAAUGUAUUGGACCAAAAUACAAACUUUCCUGGUGAGAUUCAGAAGUAUUCAUGCCCACAGAUUUUGGGGAUCAUGAAAAGUAAAAUCUUGGAUUUUAUUCUGUAUAUUAAAAUGAAUCUUUUACGGAAAUGAUCUGUAUAUUACUUGUAUGUCCUUUGACCUCUCUUGAGUUUUUCAUAAGCCUUUAAUUUUUAUACUAUCAAUACCAUAAUUACAUUAUAUAUUUUAAAUAACAA